AUGUAACACAAACAAAGAUAACAUAACCACUAUCACAUGCCCAAAUGACGAUACACGAUGAUAUGAGGAGUAUUUAUUGAAGUGUAAAAAGUAGAACCGGUACCGGUUCUAUCGAACUGUAUUUGUGAUAACGUUAAAUACAUACAUAGGACGUUAAAAAAGCUUUUAUAUUAUUGUGAACGAUGCAUAGGCAAAGGAUACUUUUCGCCAUUCUCGGCAUCCACAUUACCGGAGCUCUUUCGGACAGCGAAUUGGACGGGGCCUGGCAAAAAUGGAUGGGACUAAAUGGGAAAACGUAUCCUAAUCGCGUGAGCGAAUUUACGCAUCGGCAAACAUGGGAGCGUAAUUACUGGCGUGUUCUAGAACACAAUUCGCGACAUAAUUCAACUUUCAGGAUGGAACUGAAUUUUCUUGCGGAUCAGACCUUUGAACGCGCAUCAAUUGCCUCUGCAAAGUUGACUGAAGACACACUAAGGUUUCAGCCCGAGAGCGAUAUAGCAGUAUCUUUCAACGAUAUACUGCUUCCCGAUUCCUGGGACUGGAGAACUAAAGGGGCCGUUACUCCAGUGAACGAACAGGGGCAAUUCGGGGAUUCACAGGCAUAUGCAGCAGGGGAAUGCGUUGAGAGCUUUAGCUUUAUCAAAACCCGAGACCUGGUUGUAGGGAGUUCCGCUGAGAUGCAUGACUGUUGCACGGCCACCGGGUUCGCUACCAAGACAGUAUUUGAUUGCGUUCAUAAUAUUGGCGGCCUUUGCACCGAUAGGGACUAUCCCUCGUCUUAUGAACAAUGUUAUAACGACUCUUGUACCCCCGUUGCAAAGGUGUCCGGGGGACAAAAGUUACAAACAGGCGACGAGGAGGCAAUGAAAUCGGCCGUGUACCUUACGCCUGUGCUAGCUUUUGUGGACGGGAGUCUUACAUCGUUCCAACUGUAUAAGGAGGGCAUAUACAGCGACCCGUAUUGCUCCAGCUCAACUGUUAAUCAUGCAUUGCAGGUGGUGGGGUACGGGUCACUUAACGGCAUGGACUACUGGAUCUGCCGCAACAGCUGGGGUUUAUAUUGGGGUAUGAACGGUUACAUCACCAUUGCUCGCAACAGACGGAACAUGUGCGGGAUAGCGUCGUUUUCGAGCUACCCUGUUUGAAUAACGCGCUUUUACAUUUAAGGAACGGUGUAUUGCCUUUCGUGCGAAAACUUGUUACAAUCAUGGAACAUUUGAAUGGUGCAUUUUUUAUAAAAUGAUUUUUGUUUCAUUUAAAUUGUAUGUGCAUGUUUUUUUUAUGCUUGUUUUAUAUAGAAUGAGGAAUGACUGUCUUAAUAGUUGUUAGUUUUGUUGAAUAUAACAUGCGGGUAGACUGUCUUAUUAUUUGUAAAACAUGUUGAAUGUAUUAUUUGUUGAAUACAACGUGUGGUACGGAUGACAUUUUUUAUUACAUAACUUAAUAUGUAUAUGCGUCGUAUUCAUUUGUUUGACACAAAACGUUGUAUUUUAUUUGUAUUUAACAAAUAUUUGACAUAAAAUGUUUCAUUGACAUAAAAUAAAGACUUAUGUUUUAUAUCAGAACGAUACUAUAGACAAAAUAAUAAUUUUUCAUCUAUAUAAACUUACAGUUCAGAAUUCCACCGGCAAUUAUUGGUUAUGAUCGUAUGUUUCUCUUAAGAGCUUGUACACGAGUGCUUAUAAAUUUAGGAAUAUUUAAGUGUGCGUGUGCUAACAUUUAUUUACAAAUAUGCUACCAGAUGAAUUCAGUCACAUGACCGACAUUUAAUUGAUAAUACGAAUGACUUUCACAUUGUAUUACAACUGAAAAUUAUUACAAUUUCACGAUACAUAUGAGACCAGUG